AAAAUAUUUUAAAGUGUUCAUUAACAACCUGUACAUUUAUGAGAAAGUGAGACAUGAAAAUGGAUUUACUUGUUCAUCUUAUAUGGAUUACCACUUUAACCUGCGUUCUUACAGCAACAGGUGGAGAGCUUUGUGAGAAUGAUUAUGUAGAAACCAGAUUAGAGAACUGUACGUCUGAUAUAGCAGAGUUUCUUCGUAAGGCCAGAGAAAACUCCGAGUCCAUACAUCGAGAGGACCAGGAAAAUGAAUUAUGCAGCUAUUGGAACAACACCGAUCUGUGCCUUUUAAGACUGGAGAGACAAUGUAGCAGUUUUGUUUCACAGAAACAGAUAGAUGGCGCUAGACAAAUGUUUACUGGAGAUACAUUCGUUUGUGACUCUCCAGAGGUGCUUGGGAGGUUAAAGAAUGCUGAGUGUUACGCCCCUUAUGUUACACUAACACGAAAAUGCACCAGAGAGUUUGACAACACAUACCUCUUUGCUGUCCUGAAAGAUGACUUUAAAAAGGCAUGCAUGUCUGCUGUUACUUUAAUGGAGUGUUUCCAUGACAACAAGCUCAAGAUAACCGCUGAUUGUGGCCGAAACGCUAGCUCCGAAUAUCAUCAGAAUUUCGUACCGAAUGUCUUUACACUGGGGAUACGAAGGGGAAUCAUGAAACAUUGCAUGGUGUCCAUACCAGAACAAUUGUACCAAGAGUUCAUUAUACAAAAUGAAAACAAUUCUUCGAACAGAGUAGUUUGUGGAAUUCUUACAUUCUUUACUAUAUAUGUCAGCCUAUUCUUGUGAUUCAAUAUUUAUCGACACAUACCAUUAUAUAUUUUUACAAAAAUGAUAAUAUGCUCAUACUAAUAUUUUUAUUCAUUGAUAUAAAAAAAAAUGUUAUAAAUUAAAUUAUUAUACUAAUUAUUGAUUCUAAUGGAGGGAAAUAUCGUUAUAAUGUAAACCUCCCUCUGUAAAUUAAACAUACAAUGGGGAUGGUUUCCCAUCAAAACUAUCAACCACAUGAACGAGAAAGCACUGGUGCUUCGCAACCGAAUAUAUUUAAAACACGAAGAUGGCCGAAGACGUUUCAAGGAACGAA